CGCUCGGAGCGCACAGAGAGCAAAAAGCGCACAGAGCGCAGGAGGAGGGGACGGAUCUCCACCGAGCAUGGAAGGGAAAGCCUUUCAGCUGUCACACUGAGUCUCCAGAACUGGGAGGAAACACGCCGUCAAGGGUCUAACAGCUGUUGGGAUAAAGACGGACUGAUUCCUGCAGCCCUGGCAUCGGGACAAAGAUUACAAACUGGGAUCAGAUCCGCCUUCAUUGUGAAAAAAGAAGAAGAAAUCUCCCUCUUGUGCGAAGCUCGGGCCUCCUCAGCUCUCAGGAUCGCUUUAAAAGCUUCCAGAUCUCCUCCAGCCACAAGUACCGCAACCCAGCGGCAGCUUCUCAUGACUAUUUAAUCCUGUCUUAAUGGAUACUGAUGUUUUAUUCUAAUUUAUGAUCGAGCCUCCAAGCCAUUAACGCUUUAUAUUACAUUUACAUCUGUGCUGCCGCUGUGCUCCGGAUAGAGUUUGCCAGUGCAAUAGGUCACAUCUGCCUUUUUAAUUAUUGACUCUUGAGGGGAAGAAGUUCAGUCUCGUGUCCCAGUCCUGCUUUGUUAAAAUCUGCGAGCUCAGGAUGGUGGACGAGCGCAUCUGUGCCACGGGCAUCGCUGCCAGGCUGAGGAGCCAGUGGGACCGGGAUGAAGGUCUGGGGCAGAACCACAAUGCCGUGAAGUUCCUGGGCCAGGACUACCAGUCGCUGAAAUCCCAGACCCUCCGCAGCGGGAGGCUCUUCGAGGACAACCUGUUCCCCUGCGCCUCCUCGUCUUUGGGAUUCAACGAGCUGGGCCCCCGGUCCUCCAAGACGCAGGGCGUCCGCUGGAUGAGGCCCACGGAGAUCUGCAAGCGGCCCGAGUUCAUCGUGGAUGGAGCUACUCGCACAGACAUCUGUCAGGGAGCUCUGGGGGACUGCUGGCUCCUGGCCGCCAUCGCCUCGCUCACCCUGAACGACGACCUCCUGCACAGAGUGGUUCCUCACGGGCAGAGCUUCAGGGACGGCUACUGUGGCAUCUUUCACUUCCAGUUCUGGCAGUUCGGCGAGUGGGUGGAUGUGGUGAUCGACGACCGACUGCCGGUGAAGGACGGGAAGCUGCUGUUCGUCCACUCGGCCGAGGGGACGGAGUUCUGGAGCGCGCUGCUGGAGAAGGCCUACGCCAAGCUGAACGGCUGCUACGAGGCGCUGUCGGGAGGAAGCACGUCCGAGGGCUUCGAGGACUUCACCGGCGGCGUGACGGAGAUGUACGAGCUGAGGAAGGCCCCGUCGGACCUCUUCAGCAUCAUUGGCCGAGCGAUCGAGAGGGGAUCGCUGCUCGGCUGCUCCAUCGACAUCUCCAGCUCGAUGGACAUGGAGGCCGUCACGUUCAAGAAGCUGGUGAAGGGACACGCGUACUCUGUGACCGCCGUGUACGAGGUGGUGUACAGGGGAAACAUGACCAAGCUGGUUCGCAUCAGGAACCCGUGGGGGGAGGUGGAGUGGACCGGGCCCUGGAGCGACGACUCCAGAGAGUGGGACAGCGUCGACCGCGGGGUCAGAGGUCAGCUGCAAAACCGCAGCGAAGAUGGUGAAUUCUGGAUGUCGUUCAGUGACUUCCUGCGCGAGUUCACGCGUCUGGAGAUCUGCAACCUGACGGCGGACGCCCUGCAGAACAGCCAGCUGAAGAAGUGGAGCACCUCGCUGUACCAGGGCGAGUGGAGGCGGGGCAGCACCGCCGGAGGCUGCAGGAACUACCCGGCGACCUUCUGGCUGAAUCCCCAGUUCAAGCUGGCGCUGCAGCACCCGGACGCCCCCGGACAGAGGGACUGCACCUUCCUGGUGGCCCUCAUGCAGAAGGACCGCAGGAAGAAGCGGCGGGAGGGGAAGGACAUGGAGACCAUCGGGUUCGCCGUCUACGAGGUUCCCAAUGAGUUCAAGGGGCGCUCGGGGGUCCACCUGAAGCGGGACUUCUUCCUCACGCACGCCUCCAGCGCGCGCUCCGAGCUCUUCAUCAACCUGCGGGAGGUGAGCUCGCGGCUGCGGCUGCCGGCCGGCGAGUACAUCAUCGUGCCCUCCACCUUCGAGCCGCACAAGGAGGCCGACUUCGUGCUGCGGGUGUUCUCCGAGAAGCCCGCCAACUCCGAGGAGCUCGACGACGACGUCAUCGCAGAACCGCAGUCAGAGACCGUCCUGGACGAGAGUCAGAUCGACGACGGAUUCAAGAACCUGUUCAGGCAGCUGGCCGGAGCGGACAUGGAGAUCAGCGUGUUGGAGCUGCAGACCAUCCUGAACAGGAUCAUCAGCAAACAUAAGGACCUGAAGACCGACGGCUUCUCGAAGGAAGCGUGCCGCAGCAUGAUCAACCUCAUGGACAACGACGGCAGCGGGAAACUGGGCCUGACCGAGUUCCACAUCCUGUGGGAGAAGAUCAAACGAUACCUGACUAUAUUCAGGCAGUUCGAUCUGGACAAAUCGGGCACCAUGAGCUCCUACGAGAUGAGGAUGGCUCUGGAGUCUGCAGGGUUCAAGCUGACCAACCACCUCUUCCAGCUGAUCAUCCUUCGCUACACCGAGGCCGACAUGUCCGUCGACUUCGACAACUUCGUCACGUGCCUGGUCCGGCUGGAGACCAUGUUCAAGACCUUUCACAGCAUGGACACGGAUAAAGACGGGCAGAUUUCGCUAAACUUCUUCCAGUGGAUCACCCUGACCAUGUUUGCCUAGAGAUGGCGGCUCUCCUCUGCGCCUCCAGGCCCGCCACUUGAUUCUUCUCUUCUUCUAUGUUUUUAUUUUUUAAUUUCUUUUUUGGAUUAAGUGCCUUUGGUCCUCCAGCUGUCCCUCUCUCCUCUCCGACGCCCAAAACCUGUAAACUCCAUCUUUACAGUGCCUGUACGGGAAACGCGUGCCAAUCAGUUUACUCAGCGGAGAUCGAAAACUAUUGGUUGAAUUGAAGGUUUCUUUUUAUUCCAACCUGACUUUUUGAUCAAUGUAGCAAUAUGCAGUUCAGCUGGAAAUUAUAAAAACAAAACAAAGCACUGUCAUCAGUUAAAUAGACAUAUAAAUUAUACAAAAAAACACAUAAAUGAGGAAAAUGUCUUUUUAUAUUUUGUGUCUGUUUAGAUCUGUUGAUAUUUCAAUCAGUUUUGUUCAAUCAUUAGGAUUUUUUAACAAUUAAACUGUCUACAUGCUUAUGAUUUCCAGUUAAAACUAUUCAGAUUUGGUAUUUUCUGACCACUGAUCUGUCAGUAAGGUUUUUUUUUAAUAGUCAGCAAAGAAAUGUAAAAAUCGUUGUGUGACUUUGGUUUAAAGUCAUGCUGUUUUUCUUCAUUUAUUGGUCUUGGGUCUUAAAAUGAACAGGAAAUCAGCCCUGGAUUGUAACUGCCUCCCCUGGUUUUCAGUGGAAUUGCACUGAAAGCUGGACAAUCUUCUUAUUUUGGUGCCAGAUAUAUAAUAGUCUUUGAUGAAAGAUGCUGUCAAAGUCAAGAAAUGUGCCAAUGAAAACCUGCGAAACAGCAUCAGAGCUGGAAUAUUGUGUUCCAGAUUCGAUCGAUAAUCUCUAAACUCAGUCUUCACACGUCAGGUGAAGCUGUUUAAUUAAGUACAACUACAUGUACAAUGCUUGUUUAUUGAAUUACAAAUGAAAGAACUGGAAGAAAAAAAAUGGAAAUGAUCAUUCUGAAAACCACACACACACUCACACACACACGUCAUGAACAUUAACAGUGGGAGAACAGAACAGAACCUGAAAAGAAUCUUUGAAAUGUUUUUGUUUGACGGCCUUCCGUUUACAUCUCGUGCCGAACUUUCUUUCCAAGGGAACAAGAUGUCACUUUUUUCUAAUGAACCUUUAUGCAAGACGGACGGAUACGUUGUGUGCAUGCAGUGUGAAACGUGACAUUUUCUCUGCCUGCCUCUUUUUUCUACAUUCAGAAAUUUCACCUCACUUUUUUUUUUGGUAUAUUGCAGGAAAUAAUGUGUUGCAAGGUGAUUUUUUUUUCUCUCUCAAUAAGGAGUCGCUCUGCCAAAUAUCUGAUCAGUCAGUGUCUUUUAUACGUCGUGAAGGAUCUGUCCUGGAAGCCGAAAGCCUCCGCCGGCGCCAUCCAGACAGCGGAGCUCUUCAGUUUCUGCAGAGUAACGCUUAUGUAACAUUGUGUAAUGUUUGCAGAGGUAAUCGUCUGGGUCUCUCUGAACCCGCUCUUCAUGCAAUACGUUGGUUUGCCGCGCGGCUUUCCUCUGUAAAUCCUUGACAUAACACGCUCCGGAAAAUAAACGUUGGGAGAUUUUCAUGAGACUUGGUGUCUUCAGAUUUCUGUGUCUGUAAUAGUCUUGAUAUUUUCACUUCAUGGCUUCAGGAUGGUGCAAAAAUGUGAUUUUGUGGAGAAUUUCUGUCGUUUUUUCUCUCUCAUUUUUGGUUUCUGCAUAAAUAUUAUCACGUUUGUGACCAGCUGGUGUUCAGAGUGUGAAACC